AUGUGGCUCCGGGUUGGUCCCAAAUCUCUCCUCGCUCUCACGGUCACCGCCACCUGCCUGCUGAUGCUGCUCGCGCUGCUGCUGCCGCCAGGUUCCAGGAGAACGGCGGCGCCCCUGACCCUCCGCGCGCGGGACCCGACCGACGAGCGGACGCAAGCGCCUCCGCUCGCCCGGUCCGCGGCGCCCUCCGAGGGGGCGGGAGGGUCCGCGGAGCGCCGUCGGGCCCCGUGGCUGGCGCGGCGCGGCACCGAGGUGCUGCGGCGCCACGAGGCGGCCGGGGCGCCGGGGCGCAACGCGCUGCCCGCGGUGUCCCUCGCCCGGCAGCUGGCGGGGAAGUGGCGGCGAUGCGCCGUGGUGAUGAACGCGGGGUCCCUGCUGCGCGCUCAGCUGGGAGCGGAGAUCGAUGGCCACGACGCGGUCAUGCGCUUCAACUCGGCACCCACGGCCGGCUAUGAACUUCACGUGGGCACCAAGACCUCCAUUCGCCUCGUCAACUGGCAGAUCGUAAAUCAGGAGGAGUUCGACUUUGAGACGAGCGAGUUGUACAGAGACAUCAUUCUGGUCUUGUGGGGCCCCCCUCCAUAUACCUGCACUAAGAAAAACCAGCAGCAGUGGAAGGGCCAUGUGAAUAUCACGUUCCCGGCGCUCGACGCGUACAUGAAGCGCAGGCGCGAGCGGCCUCGCCAGCCAUUCUACCUGCUGCACCCGUGCUUCCGCCGGGGUUUGUGGGAUCUGGUGCAGUGCAACGUGGGGCAUGGGGAGCGCAUCUUGCCAAACCCCACUUCGUCGGGGCUUCUGGGAGUAGCGCUGAUGAUGAGCCUGUGCCAGGAGGUGACCGUCUACGACUAUCCCCCGCGAGGCCGUGUCACGCGGCAGUGCCACUACUUCGAGCCCGCAAAACCGCAGUGCACCCUGGGCUCCUGGCAUCCCCUCAUGCAGGAGAAGCUGCUGGCUAUGCACCUCUCAAACCAGCCGGCUCAGCACGCCCUCCAGAGCGGGCGUCUCGCCAUGCCCGGUCUGGCCAACCUCACGUGUUCCCCUCGGCACGAAUAG